AUGUCUGAACGAAAUUUCGCUUACAAAUGUGAUGCGAAAAAUACUGCACUUCCCUUACCAUCUGGGCUUCACGUCGGCCGUUCGAAUAUCAGACAAGUCGCUGAGAGGCGGUUCGGCGACGUGCAAGCGUUUCUGACCUCUCUCUUCAGUCUCGCGGAUGAGAUAGCUCAUUCAGAUCUAGUUUACACGUUCUUCCAUCCACUCUUGAGGGAUCAACAGGAUGUGGAGCCGCAGAGGAUGAGGAGGGGCGAAAGUACAGAGGUAGAGAACACUGGCUCCGGAUCACUGAAGCUAUCGGUCCAGUACGCGGGUGGCGUGCUGUCUGUGCUGAUACUCCACGCCCAGUCACUAGCUGUUACACCACAAGGCCUCCCACCUAACCCCUAUGUCAAGGUAUACCUAGUCCCAGACCCCACCAAAGAGACUAAACGCAAGACCCGCGUGCUCAAACGAAACUCGCACCCAUCCUUCAUGGAGAUGCUGGAAUAUCGGCUUCCCCUGGACGUGAUCAAGAAUAGAAGUCUCCAGGCGACCGUGUGGCACUACGACUCCCUGCAAGAGAACACGUUUCUGGGUGGGGUGGUGAUACCAUUAGGGUCUUUGCCCUUGCGCCAGGAGACGGUGGCGUGGUACCCCCUGGAGUAUAUACCUCGGUAG